AUGGAGAAUUUGCUGGACCAAGAGUUCUUGAAUUAUCUUCAAGGCUUUGAAGAGAACUGGUUGACCAUUCUACCGAACGCGAUCCGCCCAGUUAGGAAUCAAGGAAACAUUGGAGCUUGCGCUGCCUUUGGGACUACUGAUGCCACUUCCGCUCUCCAUGUCAUCAACGGCGGAGAGUCGGUUACUUUAUCCGCGCAAGAAUUUGUCGAUCACCUACACGAUAGAAUUGAACACAGGGCUGAUAUUCCCGUCAACGAGGGAGCAGUGCUUCCACCAACAACUAUUCAUCACGCUUUUACGAUGAUGAAAGUGUUCGGGGUGUUCGAAGAAAAUGUGUAUCCCUACACCGGAGUGAAGGCACAAGUUCGUACCAUUCCGCCGGAAGCCAUGAACCGGGGCCGGAAGAUGUUUAUCAAAUCCUAUGUUCCAAUUUCUAGGAGGAAGCCAUUAAAGGCCAUCAGAGCUCUCCGACGUCAACCCAUUGUGGGGAUUAUGAGGGCACCAAAAUACUUCAAAAAGUUCAGGGGUCCUGGCACCUACAGGGGGCUGAGGCUUAAAUUUGAGCGAGCUCCAUACCACUGUGUGUUGAUAGUCGGUCACGGGAUAGACAGCAAGGGACGUGAUUGCUUUCUGAUUAAAAACUCUCAUGGCCCACGUUUUGGCUUCAGAGGUUUCGCCAAAGUAGCCAAGACUGUUAUGGUUGGAUUCGCAUAUCCUGUAGACCCUGAAUUCCGGAGGGUCAGGUUUAGCAGGAGGCUUAGGGGAUUUUAG